ACAAUGUUUGAAUAUUUCAAUGUUUGCUAAAUUGUAGCUGUUCAAGUUUGAAAACAGUUUUCAAAGUGUUAUACUUGCAAGUAAUUUGAAUUCUUGAUGGUUUCACAACAGUGUUUCAUCAUCAAUACAUGAAUCUAUGUGCAAAGGGAAUUCUUUUUUUCCUCAAAAUUAUAUAAUUUUUACAGUACUCUGUAUUCUGAAAUGCAAGGUGAAUUUUAGUAAUCUUCACUAAAAAAAAAAGAAAAAAUAGAAAAACAGAUGUAGUCAGACAAAAUUUUGUACUAUCAUGCCAAAGCUAACUUCAUCCCUUCCAAAAUUAGUAAAUUAAAAAAAAGAGGCAUUGUGAAGAGGACACCUUUCCUCAAAAUCCAGGGAAAGUUUAUUGAAAUUUCAUAUUUGUAGAGUGUAGAAUACACAGUACAUACUUAGAGUAAGAUGCCCUAAGCCAGUACUGAUGCUACACAGUGGUCGAUUACUGACCUCUGAAGAAUUUUUAAAUAGGAGAAGUGCUUGAGUUUAUCAACUAACUCGAUGCCAUGCCAAGAUGCGACGUCAGUGACUCAUCUCAAGACUAGCCAUUGGGUGGCAAAACACCUGAUCCAUCCCAUUUGAUGAAUACCAGGACGUAUCAGGACAUUAUUCAAGAAACAGCUCUUCAGAGAGAGCAGGCGCAAAUCUUUCAUGAUAUCAGGAACCAAGCAGCCUCAGGGGAAUUGCAAAAGGCUCAACCAGCUGCAGCAUCAAAACCAGAGAGGAAGCGCCGCAGAUGGGAUCAGCAGGCUUCUGGGGAUGAAACACCAGCCAAGAAAAAGUCUAGCAGUUGGGAUCAGGCUGAGAUGGCGACUCCUUCUGCCAGUCGCUGGGAUGAAACUCCUGGGCGUGCAAAAGGCUCAGAAACACCAGGUGUUACCCCCCACAGGCCUGGCUCUGAGACACCAGGAGCUACCCCUAGCACCAGGAUAUGGGAAGCUACACCAAGCCAUGUGACCCCUGGACAUGCCACACCUGGACAUGCCACUCCUGGCGGCAAUACCACACCAGGCAUUUCAUCAACCAGGAGAAAUCGCUGGGAUGAAACUCCCAAGACAGAAAGAGGUGAAACUCCAGGUCAUGCCACUCCAGGUCAUGCCACUCCAGGCUGGGCAGAAACUCCUAGAACAGAUCGCACUGGUGCCGAGACACCUGGAGCCACACCUACUCCAGGAAGUAAGCGACGUUCACGAUGGGAUGAGACACCUGCCAGUCAAAUGGGUGGCACCACCCCAAUGAUUGGUACCAGUGGCGUGACACCAGCUGGACCUGCAGCCAUGCAGAUGCAGACACCUACCCCAGGACAGAUGGCUAUGACACCAGAGCAGAUGCAGGCAUAUCGCUGGGAGAGGGAAAUUGAUGAAAGGAACAGGUACCUUUCUGAUGAUGAACUGGAUUCGUUUUUCCCAAAAGAGGGAUACAAGAUUCUUGAGCCACCUCCAGGCUAUCAGCCUAUCAGAACUCCAAGCCGUAAGCUAACAGCCACUCCCACCCCUAUAGGGGGAAGUGGCUUUUUCAUCCAGCAAGAAGACAGAUCAGCCAAACUGGUUGAAGAUCAACCACCUGGUAACUUGCCCUACUUGAAACCAGAUGAUGUACAGUACUUUGAUAAGCUGCUGGUGGAUGUUGAUGAGAGCACUCUUAGUCCAGAAGAGUUGAAGGAAAGAAAGAUCAUGAAACUCUUACUGAAGAUUAAAAAUGGCACUCCACCCAUGAGAAAGGCUGCCUUGCGUCAGAUCACAGACAAAGCUCGUGAGUUUGGAGCAGGUCCACUGUUCAACCAGAUCCUACCUCUUCUUAUGUCUCCUACACUUGAAGAUCAGGAACGUCAUUUGUUGGUGAAGGUCAUUGACAGAAUUCUGUACAAACUUGAUGAUCUUGUUCGUCCAUUUGUCCAUAAGAUCCUUGUGGUUAUUGAGCCACUUUUGAUUGAUGAAGACUACUAUGCUAGAGUGGAGGGACGUGAAAUUAUUUCCAACUUGGCUAAGGCUGCUGGUUUGGCCACAAUGAUCUCUACCAUGAGACCUGAUAUUGAUAAUAUUGAUGAGUAUGUCCGUAACACAACAGCAAGAGCUUUUGCAGUUGUAGCUUCAGCUCUUGGCAUUCCUUCCUUGUUACCAUUCUUAAAAGCUGUAUGUCGCAGCAAGAAAUCAUGGCAAGCACGUCACACUGGAAUCAAAAUUGUCCAGCAGAUAGCCAUUUUGAUGGGAUGUGCUAUCCUGCCUCAUUUGAGAAACUUAGUGGAGAUUAUUGAACAUGGUUUGGUUGAUGAACAGCAGAAGGUACGAACUAUCACUGCUCUUGCCUUAGCUGCCCUGGCUGAAGCUGCUACACCCUAUGGUAUUGAGUCCUUUGAUAGUGUCCUGAAGCCCUUGUGGAAGGGUAUAAGACAACACAGAGGAAAGGGUCUGGCUGCCUUUCUGAAGGCUAUUGGAUACCUUAUUCCACUCAUGGAUGCAGAGUAUGCCAACUACUAUACCAGAGAAGUGAUGCUGAUCUUGAUUCGUGAGUUUCAGAGCCCUGACGAAGAAAUGAAAAAGAUUGUGUUGAAGGUAGUGAAGCAGUGCUGUGCCACGGAUGGUGUUGAACCGCAGUACAUCAAAGAUGAGAUUUUACCAGAUUUCUUCAAACAUUUCUGGCAGCACAGGAUGGCAUUGGAUAGGAGAAAUUACAGACAGCUUGUGGAUACAACUGUGGAACUGGCCAACAAAGUAGGAGCAUCUGAGAUCAUCAACCGAAUAGUGGACGAUCUCAAAGAUGAAAAUGAACAGUACCGAAAAAUGGUCAUGGAAACGAUUGAAAAGACCAUGGGUAACCUGGGCUCAUCCGAUGUUGAUUCCCGUCUUGAAGAGCAGCUUAUUGACGGAAUCCUGUAUGCCUUUCAGGAACAAACUCAGGAGGACAUUGUUAUGUUGAAUGGUUUCGGUACAGUGGUGAAUGCGCUGGGUAAGCGUGUUAAGCCAUACCUGCCUCAGAUCUGUGGUACAAUCCUGUGGAGAUUAAACAACAAAUCAGCUAAGGUCAGACAACAGGCUGCUGAUCUCAUAUCAAGGAUCGCUCAAGUCAUGAUGACAUGCGGAGAGGAGAAGCUCAUGGGCCACUUAGGUGUCGUACUGUACGAAUACCUUGGAGAAGAGUACCCUGAAGUACUGGGGAGUAUCUUGGGGGCCCUUAAGGCAAUUGUCAACGUUAUUGGAAUGAACAAAAUGACUCCACCCAUCAAAGAUCUUUUGCCGAGACUCACACCCAUUCUCAAGAACAGACACGAGAAGGUUCAGGAGAACUGUAUCGACUUGGUUGGUAGGAUUGCAGACAGAGGAGCAGAACAUGUCGGUGCGCGUGAGUGGAUGAGAAUUUGUUUUGAGCUCCUUGAACUGCUGAAGGCCCACAAGAAAGCUAUCAGAAGAGCUACUGUCAACACUUUUGGAUACAUCGCCAAGGCAAUUGGUCCUCAAGAUGUACUCGCCACACUGCUCAACAACUUGAAAGUGCAGGAACGGCAGAACAGAGUGUGCACCACUGUCGCUAUCGCCAUUGUUGCAGAGACAUGCUCGCCAUUCACUGUUCUACCAGCCCUAAUGAAUGAAUACCGUGUCCCAGAGCUGAACGUCCAAAAUGGCGUCCUUAAGUCACUGUCGUUCUUGUUUGAAUACAUUGGCGAAAUGGGUAAAGAUUACAUCUAUGCCGUGACACCUCUAUUGGAAGAUGCUCUCAUGGACAGAGAUCUGGUUCAUCGCCAAACAGCGUGUGCCGCAAUAAAGCACAUGGCCCUGGGAGUGUCAGGCUUUGGCUGUGAAGAUGCUCUCACUCACCUUAUGAAUUACGUGUGGCCCAACAUCUUUGAGACGUCGCCUCAUGUCGUGAACGCAGUGAUGGAGUCUAUCGAAGGCAUGAGAGUGGCUUUAGGACCUUCUAAAGUACUUCAAUAUUGUUUACAGGGAAUGUUUCAUCCGGCGCGAAAGGUUCGAGAUGUCUACUGGAAGAUUUACAACAGCUUGUAUAUUGGAUCACAGGAUGCUCUGGUAGCAGCAUAUCCUACAGCACCCAGUGAUGAAAAGAACCAUUUCUCAAGAUCCGAACUAUCCUAUUUCCUCUGAUCUGAGGAAGAUGUCAAGGCAAUGGCUCUGCGCUGAACAUUUUCUGACAUAGCAUCAUCACGCACUUAGUAAUUUAACAUUUUAUCCUUUGUAGAAAGCGUGCAAGUGCCACGCUGUACAUAGCAGAACUUGAAGAUUUUGUUUUAGGUUAGUUUGCGCUUUUCUUCGUUUCCUGCGUUCAGGGCUCGAAAUUGAAUUGAAACAGUUUGUGCAUAAAUACGAAAAUGUAGUCGCAAGUUCUUAAAAAGUGGCAAAACUAAUAAUCCCUGUGAGUUAUUGAAUACACUAGACCAACAAAUGAUUAACAGGAACGUGAUUUUAUUACUUCAUCAGCUUUCAUGCCCUUAGUGCAAUUAUGGAACGUCUGUGCGUAUUAAUAGUUAAAUAUCUGCGUAGUGAUCACAAAUUUGGGCUUCCUUUGCUUUGGGAAGGUUUAAAGACGAGGUUACAUUAUUGAAAAAAAUCAAUCCCCAUUAUCUCUACUUAAAGAAAAUUUGCCUCGCGAGUGUUAACCUAAUGUAUGCCUGGGCAAACAAACGUGCCUAUGCUCAUGGUAUAGCACUCUGCCUGGUCGAACAGUUCGUCUUCCGGCUAAGCACGUGUGUGGAUUCUUUAAAAUUGAACGCGCGUUCGGUACAGCCCGCCUUGUUUUUUAACCACUGAGGCCUAGACUGACCCGGGUCGAAUGAGAAUUGCGUCUAUUUUUCAGAGAAAGUUAGCACUUAGACCUAAAAGAAAAACGCAAAAAUGCUGAAGAUGGUAUUUCUCGAGGUUGAAACUACUGAGUAAUCCUCAUGCACUCUCUGAACUAUCUCAGACUGACUGAUAAAUUCUUAACUUCGCGCUCAGGAAAUUUUUCGAGAGAGGUAGAUCUCUGAUUCAUGUAAGCUUAUCUGUGAUUGAAUACAGAAUAAAACGUGUCGAAGUUGU